AUGGGAAAAAGCAUUUCGAAACUCGUUAAUGACAGCACGGACCGGGAGUGCAAAGAAGCUUUGCGCUUUCUACGUACGGCGGUACUUUCCAAAUUGAAGAGCUUCGAACAGGAGCUUUUAAACCCGCCAUCUAACAACCAUACCGUCCCCAUUGGAACGAUAGUUGACAAAAUGCAGGACAUUCAUGUCAAUGCUUCGAAAAGCGGUGAUGCGUUAAGCAACGAAAUAAAUAAAACUCUGGACAGCUUGUUCAGUGGAGAUACCGCAGCAGCAUUGAAAAUUGGUGUCUCGGCCACAGUAAAAGCGUUUAUUGGGGCUACAGAAAUCGGAGAAUCAACUCAUCGAGACUAUCACAUUUAUGUGCAGGAUAAUGCACUAAUUAGGUUAGAUAUCCUUCUCUAUCGCUUUAACUUUAGUUCAGAGAACAUUCUGCGAGGAGUCCACUCUGUGAAUGGGUACUUGUUUUACAAGUCCAUAAUAAACCACAGCGAAGUAUCACGAGAUGUAAUGGUAUACGAAAUUACGCGUUUUGUACGCAAUUACAUGAAGGCAACGGCCUUUACGAAAUCAUCGAAAUUGGAUGAAGAAGAAGUCAACAACGAGGUUGCACAGUAUCUCGAAAGACUUCAUAGCCUGUAUCGAGUUUUUGAAAACUACGAUAAUGACAGUGGCAGCUCGCAGAUAUUAAAAUGGAAACGAAAAUAA